AUGGUGCCCAUAGAUCCAGAAGCAAUAGCCCUUCGAGAUCUGAAGAUGCGUCUCGCCAAGCACAACCCUGCUCUGGUCGAAAAGAAUUUGGGAUUGGUGGAGGCCAGUUCUCCACUCCAGCCAACUACUGUCUCCAAUGAAAGUGUCAUUUGGAAUUGCCGGGGAGCGGCUAAGAAGCACUUUAGAGGUAUCAUGGGAACCUUUAAUCAUAAGCAUGAAUGUGACAUAGUUGUCUUGUUGGAGCCUAGAGUUAGUGGGAACAAAGCUGAAAAAAUUAGGAAGAGUUUGGGAUUUACAAAUUCCAUUAUAGAAGAUUCAGUGGGCUUCGCUGGUGGGAUUUGGUUUACUUGGAAGGGUCCAAAGUUCUCUUACUUGGAGCAUGUCUACAAAAGGCUAGAUAGGGCUGUGACAAACGCUCAAUGGCGUAUGAGUCUCGAUGAGGCUGUUGUUCAUGCGAUCCCCUGCUUGUACUCAGAUCAUUGUCCGCUAAUUCUUAACUUGGUGAAAGAGUCUACAGUAUGGGAAAAUCAUCCUUUUCGGCUGUUUCCUCCUUGGCUUGAACAUCCCACCUUCAAACAAGUUCUUGCUCAGAAUUGGAAAGAGGAAAAAAAGACUGAUCUUAACCUUGCCGAGCUUAGUCCCAAACUCCGAGAGUGGAAUAGCAACACCUUCGGGAUAAUCCACAAGAAGAAGGCAACCAUUAUUCGUAGACUAGCAGGUAUUCAAAGAAGCAUGGAGAAAGGGAACAACUUGUUUCUUCAAAAGUUGGAGGCAGAUCUCAGAGGCGAAUUGGACAAAACACUUAUACUUGAAGAACAACUUUGGUUCCAAAAAGCCAAGACAGUUUGGAUAAGAGACGGAGACCGCAACACCAAAUUCUACCACACGAUGGCUAUUGCUCGUAGACCCAGAAACAAAAUCCUGGCUCUGAAGAAUAAUUUUGGGAUUUGGAUUAGGAAAGAAGCAGAGCUCAGAAAACUGCUGGAGGCCCCUGAACUUCAGCUUCUGUGUAAUCCUUUAUCUAUGGCUGAGAUUAAGAAUGCUUUCUUUCAAAUGGGUCCCCAUAAAGCCCCAGGCCCGGAUGGCUACCCUGCUGCCUUCUUUCAGAAAAACUGGGAUUUGCUUGCAGAGAGAAUUGAUCUGGCCAAAGCUUAUGACAGAUUAAACUGGUCGUUUGUCAACAAGGUUCUCUUGGAGGCUGGUAUUCCCAUGAACCUGAGGAAUCCACAAGGGGAUCCAAUCUCCCCUUAUUUAUUUGUGCUCCGUAUGGAUAAACUAUCCCACUUGAUAGCUGAAGCAGUCAGUAAUAAGCGCUGGAAGCUAAUGAGAGUGGGAAGACAUGGGCCCCUAAUCUCGCACCUUAUGUUUGCGGAUGACUUAGUCCUGUUUGGAGUGGCUAACUUGGAUCAAUUGGAGGUUAUGAUGGACUGUCUAAAGAAGUUCUGUGAUAUGUCUGGGCAAGCUGUCAGCAUAGAAAAAACGUCUAUUUAUUUUUCAAGGAACGCCUGCCCUAGUACCAAGGAAUCUAUUACCAAGGCCAGUGGAUUUAAAGCUGCUAAUUCAUUGGGGAAGUAUCUGGGAUCCAUGUUGUAUCAUGGAAGAGAGAGAAGAAGAAACUAUUCCAAUGUCAUCAACCGUGUUAAAGCCCGUCUAUCUAACUGGAAGAGCCAUCUCCUAUCCUUUGCUGGCCGUGUGACAUUGGCAAACUCUGUGUUAGGAUCUAUACCAGUGUAUCAUAUGCAACACGGAAGCCUUCCUAUCUCUGUUUGUAAUGAAAUUGAGAAAAUUCAGCGCUCCUUUAUAUGGGGAGAUACAAGGGAAAAGAAGAAAGUCCAUCUCAUUGCUUGGGAUAAUUUAUGCAAGCCCAAGAGUGCUAGGGGCCUAGGCAUCCAUAAACUAAAGAUCCAUAAUGAAGCGUUCCUUCAUAAAAUUGUGUGGAAGAUCAUAAAUGACAAGGAAGCUCUCUGGGUCCAAGUCUUAACCAGGAAAUAUGGGAGGACAGCUGACACAAGAAGACAACUUAUCACUAAGCGGUAUGAUUCUAAUUUAUAG